AUGGAUACAGAAGACAUGGGCUCAGGUAAACUAGGCCAAAUACUGAAGCAGAUUUGGAGACGGAGCCUGAUGCUGAAGCAGGCUCUCCUGGGCCAUGACCAGUGUGAUGGGGCUGGUGGGGCCACUCGGAUAGCCACAGUGGUCUUUCUGGGUCAAGAGCUCAGCGGGGCCCUUCAUCAGCUCUUGGAGCACACGGCAGGCACGCUGAGCUUCACCUGCCAGCAGCUCUGCGUGCUGCUCAACAAGGAGAAUCAAGGUACCUGGGGACAAGAGAUUGUUACUUUCAUAGACUGCCUCAUGAAAAUAAAUGAAUAUUUGGGGAGCACUGCUACACUUCUGAAGAGAGAAGAAAAGCAGAUGUGUAAUUUAUGCAGCAUGCAUGAUGAAUGCACUCCAGUACAGACAAUGUCUGCCAUUCAGGAUAUCAAAGCAACAGGCAUUGCUGCAAGAGGGGAACAAAAUGUCAUAGAAACAGCUACUGUUUCUCCCUCAAAUGGUGAGGAAAGUCAUCACACACACCAGGCUGGGUUAAAGAAAAAUAAAACACACAUGAGUCCAGGAUCCAUGGAAAAAGAAAACAAUACACCAUUGACUGGAGAUGUCACAGUGCAAGAGGAGUCACGGGACACAAUGUUCCCAGAUAAUGCAGAAAAUGGAGAGGAUAAACAGUUAGCACACGUGACUGUGGAGAACAUGAAUGGCAACAGGGAACAGAUGCAUGACAUCAUCCAGACCAAAGAAAGAGAAAUUCAAGAGAGCUCAGAAAACCAAAAUGAAGAGACUACCACAUCCUCAAUAAUGUGUGAUAUGGCCAAGAAAUAUGUGAAUAGUCUUCUUCCCAAUGAUUCAGAGAGUUCAAAGCAAAAAAAUAACAUAAUGGAAAAAGAGUAUCUUGAUGUGCUGAGCGAUGAUGCAGGCCCCCAAGUGUCUUGUUACAUCACAGCACCAUCAUACCUUCUACAACAUCUGGAAUGCCGAAUAACUAACAGCAUGAGUUCUUUAAUAGUGAGUGAUAACGAGGAGUUGGUCAGCAAUGUCAUCACUGUCCAGUGCUCAGAUAUGGAAAUGAGAAUUCCAUUCCCAAUAUGCAUUGCAAUUCCAUUUACUGCGCGUUACAGGGGAAAUUACAAAGACAUCAUGGUGAAAGUGUCUGACAUAAACCUUCCAUCGAGUUACCUAACCCCGAGUUCACUGGAAAGAAUGAGAGGAAGUUCCAAGGGCACCUGUGCCGAAGUGAACGUUUACAAGUUGGGAAUCUUCUCUGUUGUGUCCUGUUUAAAGAAAGAGUCCUUCACAGUGACAAAGAAAGGCCUCACUGUCAAGCCAAGCAUGGAUUCCCGGAUGUCCUUGCAUUACCCUCCAGGAGUGUUCAGCUCACCAGUACUUGUACAAUUAAAGAUCCAACCGGUCGACCCAUCUCUGGUGGCAUAUUUAAAAACUCAGCAAGAUACUUCCUACGCAGUGCUCGCCACCAGCCCUCUGCUUCAUGUUCGGCACCCAUCAACCCAUCCUUUCCAGAGGCCGGUCACUGUAUUCCUUCCUUGUUCCUCACACCCUGAGAAAAAGAAUUUGGGGUCUGAGAUCGAUCAUAGAAGAACAGUUAGCACGACAACGAAAAGGAUCAUACCUUUACACCUCAACUGGACCAAAAGUGCUUCCGUAAGAAAGCCUGGGAGCAAUGCCUGUGAAUCUUUGAAAUUACUGGGAUUCAGAAGCCGAGACAGUGGUUGGUUUGGGCUUGAUGAUGUUGUGGUGAGAACCAUGCAGAGUGGCUUGAUAGCAUUUGAGUUGUGUGAACACUUAGAGAGGUUUAUUGUGCUCCACUUGUCUUCCAUCGUGGACAAUGGUCAUUUGGUUUCUUUUGUGAAAUCGUUAGAGGAAGCCAUGCUCAGCCUCAGUGCCUGUGUCAUACUGUAUCACCAGAGAGACGACCCACACAGAAUAGUCAUUUCAGUGGUGCCUUCUAAAGAUUUAAGCCAGGAGCUUAGGACUUUGAGCUUGGAAGCCUCCAGUGGUUCUCCAGAGCCAUCUUGCCAUUUCCAGGUGAAAGAAGGAGAACGGCUUCUUUUAAGGUUUACUGGAAACAUAUUUGCUUCAGGCAAUGGGAAGGAUUAUGGAAAAGACUACACACUUAUUUUUCAUUUACAAAGAAAAUCCAGGCUGGAACUCCAAAUCAAAGAGGUUGAUGAAUUUGGCAACCACAGCUGCUCUCAUUAUAAGGGCACCAUUGUAGUUUAUAAAGUACCUAAAGAAAAGAUAGUCCGGGACUUGGAUCAAUCUCUUGUACUUAAUGAAAACCAUGAUCAGUUGCCAGUUUGCAAAUUACCACUGAGACUACCUAAGCAUGAAAAAUUAAUCAACCGGCCACAGACUACCAAAAGAAUUUCUACAGAUCCUCUAGACGCCCCAUGGGACCAGGUGCUCCGCUGGCUGGCGGCCCAGCUCUCGGAACAGGACGCCGCAGGCCUCUCCUCGUCCCUCCCUCUCCGCAGCAGCGCCGUUCAGCUCAUCAAACUGAAGAACCCCGAUGACCUCACGGAGCAGAUCCAUGCACUUCUUUGCUUCUGGAAAAAAUCGCUCCCAAAUUCCACCGAUAAACGUCGCCUCCUGGCUCGUCACCUCCGCAAGAUCGGCAGGAGCGAUCUCUCCAAAGAGCUCAGGUUCAAGUGGGAAAAGGGCGUGUUCACAGACCCGCGGCAGGGGGCGGACGUGGCCCAGUAA